CUAUUGAUUUCCUUUUGUGAUUAAAUGUGUUGCUUAAAAAAUGUCAAUAGAAGCUAACUCAUUGUGAAAAGAUUUAGAAAGCAUCUGUUGACAAACUGCUAUGCAGAUUAGCGGAAGUUAAAAUGUUAAAAUUUUCUUGUUUAUAAUUAGUCAGUCAGGCCCAGAACAACAAUUUGUAGAUCACAGAAAAUAUUGUUCCAUACUGACCUAGAUGUGCAACCCAUUUAUAGCAAUCAAUUUUGGGAGGUGUUAAUUCAACAUGGAGUCUGCUGGUGAUUGGUGUCUAAUAGAAAGUGAUCCAGGUGUCUUUACACAGCUCAUCAGAAAGUUUGGUGCCAGUGGUGUUCAAGUUGAGGAACUUUGGACAAUUGAAGAUGGCAUCUUCGAAACACUGAGGCCUGUGCAUGGACUCAUAUUCUUGUUCAAAUAUCUGCAACAUGAAGAACCAGCUGGUCCAAUCGUUACUGACAGUCGUCUCGACAAGAUCUACUUUGCCAAACAGGUUAUAAAUAAUGCCUGCGCUACACAAGCUGUGGUUAGUCUGCUCUUGAACUGCGAUCAUCCUGAUGUCGACUUGGGUCCAGAACUGAGCAGCUUGAAGGAAUUCAGCAUGUCUUUUGAUGCCAAGAUGCGUGGCCUGACACUUAGCAACUCUCAGACUAUCCGCAGUGCUCACAACUCUAUGGCACAACAGAGUAUCUUCGAGUUCGACCCAAAGACAGCUUCAAAGGAUGACGAAGCGUAUCACUUUGUUGGCUACAUGCCAAUAGACGGCCGUCUCUACGAGUUAGAUGGCCUUCGCGAAGGUCCCAUUGAUCAUGGCCCCAUUGCUCCGGAGCAGGAUUGGCUUGAUGUCGUCCGGCCAAUCAUUGUACGCAGGAUUAAUGUGUACACUGAAGGCGAGAUUCACUUCAAUCUCAUGGCCCUUGUGUCGGACAGGAAGAUGAUCUACGAGAGACAGCUUCAAGACCUAAUGGCCGAAUCUCAGAUGAUGGGAAUGGAAACAGAUGAGAUGGAAAACGAAAUUCCAAGACUCAGAAUGUUGAUUGAGUAUGAAGACGUGAAAAUGAUGAAGUAUAAACAGGAAAUGGCUCGUCGGAGGCAUAAUUACUUGCCAUUUAUCAUCACGCUUCUUAGAAUAUUAGCAGAAGAGAAGAAGCUGCUGCCACUGCUCGAGAAGGCCAAGGAGCGUGCUAAUAAAAAAGGCCCGAAGAAACAAAAAUCCAGCCCCUCGCGCGUGUUGCCCGCCGCCGAACAUUAUUCCCUUGCAGAUUUAGAUGCCAUAUAUAGAGAUCCCCAAGAUUUAUUAUUUAAUAUAGAACCACAGCAAAUUUUAGAACAAGCCAUGGUGGAAUCCCAUGAAGUGUUAGAUCGAUCUAUUUUCGCGCACGCGGUGACUCGCAAUAAUCAUGUUUUGGACUCUGAUGAUAGCAAAGACUUUUUAGGUGAUUCGACAUCACAAACCGGUUUAAUAUCUGAUAACAUUGAGACUGAAGACAUGGAACUUGACACGGACAUUGCCCAAGAAAUCGAUCCUCUGUUGGAUGUAAAGCCACCCGAACCUGAUUUUGAUACAGACUAA